AUGAGUAGCUUCAAGACCAAAGUCACUUUAGGCAUAGAAGCCACUACCACCACCACACCUUCAGUCGCUAGAAUCAAUGGAAGGCCAGUCCUUCAACCAACUUGUAAUCGUGUACCAAACCUUGAAAGGAGAAAUUCAAUUAAGAAAGUGACACCAAAGUCACUUUCUCCACCACCACUACCACUUCCAAGCAAGACUUCAUUGACACCCCCAGUUUCUCCAAAGUCAAAGUCCCCAAGGCCUCCAGCAAUAAAGAGAGGCAAUGACAAUAAUGGGCUGAAUUCAAGUUCUGAAAAGAUUGUAAUAAUCCCAAGAAACUCGAUAAAAACUCCAACUUUAGAGAGAAAAAAGUCCAAGAGUUUUAAGGAAGGGUCAUGUGGUUCAGGCCUUUCUGCUUCUAUAGAGGCAUCAUUGAGUUACUCUUCCUCUUUGAUCACUAACUCCCCAGGGAGCAUAGCUGCAGUGAGGAGGGAACAAAUGGCACUGCAACAGGCACAAAGAAAAAUGAAGAUUGCACAUUAUGGAAGAUCAAAGUCUGCAAAGUUUGAGAGAGUUGUUCCUCUUGAUCCUUCAAGCACUUUGACAUCAAAGACAACUGAGGAGGAGAAGAGAUGCAGCUUUAUAACAGCCAAUUCAGAUCCCAUCUAUAUUGCUUAUCAUGAUGAAGAAUGGGGAGUUCCAGUUCAUGAUGACAAGAUGUUGUUUGAACUUCUAGUUUUAAGUGGCGCUCAGGUUGGAUCUGAUUGGACCUCAACUUUGAAGAAACGCCUAGAUUUCAGGGCUGCAUUUUCAGAAUUUGAUGCAGAAAUUGUGGCCAACUUUACUGAUAAGCAAAUGAUGUCUAUUAGUUCAGAAUAUGGCAUUGAUAUAAGCAAAGUUCGAGGAGUUGUUGAUAAUGCUAACCAAAUUUUAGAGGUUAAGAAAAACUUUGGUUCAUUUGACAAGUACAUUUGGGGGUUUGUCAAUCACAAACCUAUCUCCACCCAAUACAAGUUUGGCCACAAGAUCCCAGUAAAGACAUCAAAAUCAGAGAGCAUAAGCAAAGACAUGGUUAGGAGGGGCUUUAGGUUCGUUGGUCCAACAGUGGUUCAUUCAUUUAUGCAAGCAGCUGGACUCACCAAUGACCACUUAAUCACUUGCCACAGGCACUUGCAAUGCACAUUAUUGGCAACUCGUCCCCAUUGUACCAUAGAGCCCUCUUUAUAAAUCCAAUCUCAACUGAGAAAUAAGGAACAAGAGAUUGACCCUGAAGAGCUCAAGACAUAAAAAAAGUUAUGUAUGCUUAAUAGCAUAUGUAAUGUGCUAACUAUAGUUUACUUUCAGUUAAUCCUUGUGUAUAAUAUUAG